GUCUUCAUUAUCGAUUCCACAAAGUAGAGGGACACUGAGUACACUUACCUCUAGUGAGCGAAGCACUACAAGUCUCGCAAUAUCAGUGUGUACUCAAAUCUCUCUGUCUGAAGGCAAGACAGACCCCCACCCUAAAAGACAUAUAGACAGCCACUGCCACACACCUAUGCUCUGGCUGACAGGAAGAACAGAGAUUCUGACCCUGACCUCUGCUUUCCAUCCAGUCCACAUGACUGAGCCACGCAGGAGCGCUGAACAGCAGACCAGCACCUGUGUUCUCAGUUAAAACAAGAUGUCAUCCGCCAAUGAGAAUGGAGUCAGCGGGUCUAGCAAUAACCGUAGAGAGAAAACAUACAAAAAGACUACUUCAUCUGCCCUAAAAGGAGCUAUCCAGCUUGGCAUUGGUUACACCGUGGGGAAUCUGACCUCAAAACCUGACCGAGAUGUGCUCAUGCAGGACUUCUAUGUGGUGGAGAGUGUGUUUUUACCCAGCAAAUCCUUUCACUUUUGCAGUGAGGGGAGCAACCUGACUCCAGCGCAUCAUUAUCCAGACUUCCGUUUCAAGACGUACGCACCGCUGGCUUUCCGCUACUUCCGGGAGCUGUUUGGGAUCAAGCCAGAUGAUUACUUGUAUUCCAUUUGUAAAGAGCCCCUGAUUGAGCUGUCUAAUCCGGGCGCCAGCGGCUCGCUCUUCUACCUGACCAGCGAUGAUGAAUUCAUCAUCAAAACCGUCCAGCACAAGGAGGCAGAGUUCCUGCAAAAACUGCUUCCAGGAUACUACAUGAACCUCAACCAGAACCCAAGGACUCUCCUCCCCAAGUUCUACGGCCUGUACUGUAUUCAAUCUGGAGGAAUCAACAUUCGUCUUGUGGUUAUGAACAAUGUUCUGCCUCGGUCUUUAAAGAUGCACUACAAAUAUGACCUGAAAGGCUCCACGUACAAGAGACAGGCGUCACGAAAAGAGCGGGAAAAGGCCUGCCCCACAUAUAAAGACCUAGACUUUGUGGACAUGCAUGAUGGCUUGUACUUUGACACAGAGACAUAUAACGCCCUGAUGAAGACGCUACAGCGAGACUGCCGGGUUCUGGAGAGUUUUAAGAUCAUGGACUACAGUCUGCUGUUGGGGGUGCACGUUCUGGACCAGAGUCACAGAGAAGGAGACGUCAACAUUGUGGACGGGAAGAGGACUGUGGGACAGAAAGUUCUUUACUCCACCGCCAUGGAGUCAAUUCAGGGAGACGGCAAAGCAGCCGAGGCUUUGACUACCGAUGACACAAUGGGAGGCAUUCCUGCAAAAACACACAGGGAUGAGAAACUACUUAUAUUUCUAGGCAUUAUCGACAUCUUGCAGUCUUACAGAUUCAUGAAGAAGCUGGAGCACUCCUGGAAGGCACUCGUCUAUGAUGGUGAUACGGUGUCUGUGCACAGACCGAGUUUCUAUGCAAACAGAUUUCUCAAGUUCAUGAGCUCCAGAGUAUUCAGAAAGAUUCAGCCAAAUCGUUUCUCCCCGAGCAAGAGGGCGCGGAGCUCCAUAUCAGCGCUGAAGUGCUCUUCUCAAGAGGUGCUGUCCUCACAGAAGGAGGAGAAGGCCGAGGAGAGGACGGACAGACUCGGAGGAGCCCGUAGUCUUGCCAGUCUGGAUGGACAAGUGUACUGGUCCUAUAACCGUCCUGACCUGGUCCCUCAGACUCCUUACCCCUAUGAAGCCUCUUCCUUGAGCCACACCCUCUCCCCACCCUCUAUUUAUGUCACCGAUGGGUACCGGGAGGCCAGAUCGAACGAAAGAUGUGCCUGCUCAACAUUUACAUUGGAGGACAGCGGCAUCUGUCUGACAUCGGAGCAAAGCACCAUGGACAUAGACAGAGAUGACGACUCGGUGCUGGAUGUCUACUUUUAAGGACCAAAAUGAGAUGACCUCCCCAUCACCUGCUUCUGCAGUCCUCCAGAUCCUCAUGUGCCGAGAGCGCCACCUGCUGCCAAACAAAGAAAACAUUCGCCAAUACAACAUCAGCAAACAUCGGAUCACAGUGCUAAACAUUUCCUCUGUUUGGAGGGAAACUGGCUACAAGAGUUCAGAUUCAUGGACAUCUGUAACCAGAUGCUGAUUCAGCUUUUGUAGCCCUUACAUUACAGCCAGCUCUGGGCGCUGACUGAAGACAGACGUCACAUCACGCCAUUCAUUGUUUUGGAAACAUGCAAUAAUUACGCUCCUUUGAUAUGCAAAGAUGGUUUAUAACGGCUAUCUUCUUUACCUCUUAAAGGAUCUAGUCUUUAGUGAUGCAUUGCGUGGCGAUUCAAACUCUAUGGAACCGAGCUUUGUGCAGUUUUCAUACAUUAUACAAGUGUGUGUUAUCGUAGUUCUCCCCACUGGAGUAAUAAUCCUGACGUUUUCUUUCCAAGCCAACACAGUUUCUAGGAAACAACAGAUGUUCUCAGACAUCUCUGUAAAUGAACUGUAAAUGUAGGAGUGUCUUUCACUGUGUAACGUCAGUCAUGCUCAGAUUUACACUGGUACAUCAGCUCCUGAUAAUCAAGAGUGGGAUUUGCAUUGGCAGUGUGCAUUAUUUACGUGUAUCCAGAUGCCAGAAUGAUUUUAUGUGCUAAAAUGCAGUCAGUCUUUCAAGUGGGGACGGGUGAGUUUCAUACACGCAUAUACAAUCUCUCAGGAGAUCCUUUUCCUAGAGCUGUCCAAAUGAUUGCUUGAUGUUAGAUGCUAGUGCACUUCUGAUUUGAAAUGCCAUGUCAGAACCGUCUUUUGAAUAUUAUUGCACAUUUUAUUUGUUUUAAGGCCAUAAUUUAUUAAAUCAUUAUUAUAAAUGAA